AUGGAUCUUCAAAUGACAUUCUACAACCAUAAUCGAAUUUCAGAAAACUUUGUACGAAAGACCAUUCCACAAAUUCAUUCUAAAUUCCAACAUAUACAAUUACAAAAUUUACGCAUUGUAGUUUGUAGUAAUGUAGACACUGUGCAGCACAACGAACAAACAUAUCAGAAAAAAAUUAUCAGUCAUUAUUUUUUAUUUCAUUGGUUUGCGGAGAAGUUUAUUCAGUACCAGCUGUCGAAACACAUUUGA